UCGAGUUUACCGUUGAUAGAAAACCAGACAAAAUGAAAUUGUUUUUAGUAUUUAUUGCCACCUUUGUGGUAGCUGCGUAUGGUCACGAAAUUGUCAGUAGUGAUGAUGGAGAAUUAUUUUAUUUGGUACCAGUACACAGAGUAAGAAGGCAAACUACCUUUGACAUCAAUAAAAACGGACCUGGUACCAGGGUUACCCUUGGGCACAAGGGUACCAUAUAUGAAAACCCAAACCAUAAAGUAACAGGCGGUGCAUUUGCAUCUCAACAAUUUAGACCUACUGGACCAUUGACAGCUGGUGGCAAUCUUGGUUAUCAACAUAAACCAUCAGGUUCUGGAUUAAAUGUGGGUGCUGAUAAUACACGCGGCUUUGGAACCAAUGUAAACGCUCAGGGUAACUUGAAUUUGUUGAGGAGCCAUAACGGAAAUACUCGUUUGGACGCCACUGGUGGUUAUAGUCGCCAUUUUGGAGGUGUAGGAGGCACCGGAAGACCCAACUAUAAUGCUGGAUUGAACUUUAACCACAGAUUUUAAGUUAUACAAGAUGUAUUUAUUAAGGCGUGAUGCCAUGUGAUAUUUAUUUAAUAAACUAAAAAAUGCA